GCAAACACCACCUUAAAUGGCCUUGAGUGUUACGUGUGCCCAUCGGCUUUGAGCCGAACUUGUGAUAAUCCCAUGGAAACGGUGAAAUGUGUUGGGACACAGACCCGGUGCUUGCACUCCUCUGUCACGUACAGAGGGCAGUACAACGUCACCAUUAAAGGCUGUGCCUCUGAGAGCAUGUGUGCAGCCUCGGAUUUGCUGAGGGACUACGGCGUGGUGAUGGGCCCAGACCUCUCCUGCUGCACGGAGAGUGGGUGUAACGGCGAGCGAGCGGCGUCAGAGACCCCCACGACGCAACCCACGACGACAAACAGCGAGCCGGCUCUUCGACCGGGUGAGGUGCUCCUCGCCGUAUUUGCAGCCACGCAGUGCCUUCUCCGACCCUGACACGUCCGGGGUCCCGUGGGAUAGAACCUGGAGGACGGAGAACCCGGAACCUGCUUCAUCUUUCAGCUGAGUGGCAGCUGAAUAUUACCCAGAGUAGUCCAGACCCCAGCACUAACUGACAUGGAGCACACGUUCCCCUCUACAAACCCCUCUCACCACUCACCAUUUCAUUAACAAAUAACAGCAGUAGGCCAUUCGGCCUUUCGAUCCUGUUCCUCCAUUCAAUAAGGUCAUGGCUGAUCUGCUUGUAACUUCAACUCCACGUUUCUGUGUGUUCCGCUUACUUUCCACACCCUCCUCCCACCUACCACUGCCUCAAAUAUCUUUAAAGAUUCCACACUCACUGCAUUUUGAGGAACGGAAUUCCAAAAUCCCACAACCUUCAAAGAGAAAAACAAUGUUUCCCCAUCUGUGUUUCAAACUUUUAAAAUAUGACGCCCUCAUUCUAGGUUCUGCCACGAGAAGAAAUGUCCUUUCAAUACCCAAGUCCCCUGAGGAUCUUAUAUGUUUCACUUGAUAGGAUAGUGAAGGUGGCGUUUGGUAUGCUUUCCUUUAUUGGUCAGAGU